AUGGGAGGAAAUGACCUUGGCUUCUCCGAUAUUGUUUGGUACUGCAUUAUAACCCCGAAUACUGCUCGAUGGGGAUCAACCGACCGCAAGAACUGCGUAGCUGCAGAAGACAGAGCACGCGCGUUGAUGAAUGAUCAAGGAGAAAGUGGCUUGCGCUAUAAGCUUAGUGCUCUCUACAGGAGCAUUCUGGACAAGGCAGAACAACCUGACCUUUCUCUCUUCGUCACUGGCUUUCAUUACUUUUUGGGCGGCUACAAGCCUCCUAGUGAUGGAUGGUGGCCUAAUCGAAUCGUUUAUCAUACAUCAUCUCUACGCACAAAACUCAAUCUUUUGGUCUCUCAACUCAAUGACCUGAUUAAGGCUGCCGUUCAAGAUGUCAAUUCUCAGGUGGGAUCAACCAAUGCUUACUACGUUGAUGUCCAACAGAAGUUUGACACGCACCGCUGGUGUGAGCAAGAGAUUCAUGAGCCUGAUUCCAGCACUGCGAACACCUACUUUUUCUUGGGUGCCUGGUCAGACCUUCGUCUAGGCAAAAAUGGUGUCACAUCGUCCGAUCCUGAAGAUAUGUCCUCUCUUAGGCAGGCUGGAAUCAGUCUUCCGGACGCGUCAAAUUGUGAAGAAACACUAGGCUCGGAUCCAGAUCCUUACGACAAAUGGCUCUGCCUGGCUUCUAUUGCGAUCAACCAAGACCCCAAUGGACCAGUGGCUUGGUCAUAUGGGAAUGCAACACAGGACAUCAAAGAUGGAUACAUGAACACGCAACAUGUUUCCGACUGGUAUCCUACUCGUCAAAUCAAAACUUUCCGUCCACGGAGUCCCGGGAUGGCACUUUACCGCGAUGCUAUCCUCGAAAAUAAUGAUGCUACAAUUGGGGAAUAA